GCCAAUGGUCGGCGGCGGGGUGGGGAAGGCGGCCGAGUGAGCGCCCUUCCCUGCCGCCUCGUCUUCCUCCAUUCAUUGCCGACCCGGCCUCUCCGCCGGCCCUGCCGCCGGCGCUAUGGAGGCGCUGAUCCCGGUCAUCAACAAGCUGCAGGACGUCUUCAACACGGUGGGCGCCGACAUCAUUCAGCUGCCGCAGAUCGUGGUGGUGGGGACGCAGAGCAGUGGAAAAAGCUCCGUUUUGGAAAGCCUGGUGGGAAGGGAUCUGCUCCCAAGAGGAACAGGGAUUGUCACCCGACGACCCCUCAUUCUUCAGCUGGUGCACGUGUCAGCCGAGGAUCAUGGGAAAACAGCUGGAGACGAAAAUGACCCUGCAACCUGGAAACAUUCAAGGCACCUUUCUAAAGGGGUUGAUGCAGAAGAAUGGGGGAAAUUUCUCCACACUAAAAACAAGCUGUACACCGACUUUGAUGAAAUUAGGCAAGAAAUAGAGAGUGAAACUGAAAGGAUUUCAGGAAACAAUAAGGGGAUCAGCCCUGAGCCUAUCCACCUAAAGAUUUUUUCGCCAAAUGUCGUCAACUUGACUCUCGUAGAUUUGCCAGGAAUGACAAAGGUACCUGUGGGUGAUCAGCCAAAGGAUAUUGAGCUUCAGAUCCGGGAACUAAUCCUCAGAUUCAUUAGUAACCCCAAUUCAAUUAUUUUAGCGGUCACUGCUGCCAACACAGACAUGGCCACUUCUGAGGCUCUUAAAAUAGCACGGGAGGUGGAUCCAGAUGGGCGGCGCACCCUCGCGGUUAUCACCAAGCUGGACCUGAUGGAUGCUGGUACUGAUGCGAUGGAUGUACUUAUGGGGAGAGUGAUACCUGUGAAACUUGGCAUCAUUGGCGUGGUGAAUAGGAGUCAAUUAGAUAUUAACAAUAAGAAGAGCGUGGCUGACUCGAUUCGCGAUGAAUAUGCUUUUCUCCAGAAGAAGUAUCCCUCUUUAGCCAACCGGAAUGGAACAAAGUACCUCGCAAGGACUCUUAAUAGGCUCCUCAUGCAUCACAUCCGGGAUUGUUUGCCAGAACUGAAGACCAGAAUCAACGUUUUAGCUGCUCAAUAUCAGUCUCUCCUGAACAGCUACGGAGAGCCUGUCGAUGACAAGAGUGCCACGUUAUUGCAGCUCAUUACCAAAUUUGCCACUGAAUAUUGCAACACUAUUGAAGGGACGGCAAAGUACAUUGAGACUUCAGAGCUGUGCGGUGGAGCUAGAAUUUGCUACAUUUUCCAUGAGACCUUUGGGCGCACCUUAGAAUCCGUUGAUCCGCUUGGUGGCCUGAACACUAUCGACAUUUUGACAGCCAUUAGAAAUGCUACUGGUCCCCGUCCUGCCUUGUUUGUGCCUGAAGUUUCAUUCGAACUGCUGGUGAAAAGGCAAAUCAAACGCUUGGAAGAGCCCAGCUUGCGGUGCGUGGAGCUCGUUCAUGAAGAAAUGCAGAGGAUCAUUCAGCACUGUAGCAAUUACAGCACACAGGAAUUGCUGAGGUUUCCAAAGCUCCAUGACGCCAUUGUUGAAGUUGUGACCAGUCUCUUGCGUCGGAGGCUACCAGUAACCAAUGAAAUGGUUCACAAUUUGGUAGCCAUAGAGCUGGCCUAUAUCAACACUAAGCAUCCCGACUUCGCUGAUGCCUGUGGGCUAAUGAACAACAAUAUAGAGGAGCAAAGGCGGAACAGGUUGGCCAGAGAAGUGCCUUCUAGAGACAAGUCUACUAAGCCUCCUGGUGUUUUGGCACCUUCCUCCCAGGAGACCUCUGCUGCUGGUCCUGCCGAGGUUGACGGCAAGAUGCCUCCUGCUGUGGGAGAUGGAUAUCCCGAAUCUGGAACAGGGAACUGGAGAGGAAUGCUGAAAACUUCCAAGGCAGAGGAGAUACUAGCUGAGGAAAAAUCCAAACCCCUGACAGUCCUACCAGCAAGCCCUCAAAAAGGGCAUGCUGUGAAUUUGCUGGAUGUGCCUGUUCCUGUUGCACGGAAACUUUCAGCCCGUGAGCAACGAGACUGUGAGGUGAUUGAGCGCCUGAUCAAAUCCUACUUCCUCAUUGUGAGGAAAAAUAUUCAAGAUAGUGUGCCAAAGGCAGUAAUGCAUUUCCUGGUGAACCAUGUGAAAGACACUCUCCAAAGUGAGCUAGUGGGACAGCUGUACAAAGCCUUAUUGCUGGAUGAUCUUUUGACGGAAUCUGAGGACAUGGCUCAGCGUAGAAAGGAGGCUGCUGACAUGUUACAGGCCUUGCAACGAGCCAGUCAGAUUAUUGCUGAGAUUCGGGAGACACACCUCUGGUGAAAGGCCCCACCACCACCUGAGUGAAGAAACUGAUGACUUGAACAUUGUUAGACAUUACAUUCUUAUGAACUCCUGUGUAUAAACUGCAGUAUAUAUCAGUAUGCUCAUGUAAGGACACAGUUUGGUUUGGCUUCCUAUGGACAGAAAAGUGUACUUUAUGGUGCAAAACACAACUUUACGUGAUCCACAGAAAAAUAUAUUUCCCUACCAGUUUCCUGGUGCCAGACACCUAGUCUGUUGUCCUGAGGGGAUUGAACUGAACUUGGACAAAGAACCAUGUGAAAUUCCAGUGCCUGGCUUGUUGAAUGAGUUGUCCACAAAUAGAAUGAACAGUGUAGCAUUGUGAUGUAGUGUUUUUCAGCAGCUUCUGCAAUAUAAGCUUUUAAACCAUGAAGAAAGGACACCACAGCAUUUUCUUACAAGUAAACCUGCAUGUCUCAGCCAGAUAAGUGGCACAGUAGAAUCACUGCCUUAUAUCUCUGUGUUGUAUACCUGUGUUUCAGAACAAACAUUUGGCUAAUGUCCAGACUGCAUUAAUGACAUUUCCCCAUUGAGUUAAUGAGCCUGGAACAUUUUCACAAGUAAGAGAUUUUGCCAACAGGUACUGCCAGCGAAGGAAUUGGUAUACUACUGGUAGGGUGAAGUGUAAAAACCCCUUGUUUCUGCUGCCCUCCCACCUUCCAUUGGGACCAAGACCUCUGGACUGUCUAUUUUAAGAGUUCCAGAAUUAAAGAACAGCUGUAGAAGCCCUGGGGUUGAUUGCUGCUAUAUAAUUGUGGAAAGAGGAUAAAGCAUGUUGGAACAGCAUGAAGUUAAAAGCAGCUGUCUACCAGAGGUUACAUUAAAGUGUAACACUUCAGUAUGCUGUCAGACUUUGGGGGGGGGGGGUUCCUACUCGGCUAACUUCAUUGUAACUGUUGCAUUUACAUUGCUGGGUUAUUAUGUACCAUAAACUGUAAUGGUAGACAGGUCCCCACCUUGUCUGAAAACACAGUAAGGGCUGUUCUGUCAAGAAUAAAUACAUGUACUGUCCUGGGCUUAAGCUUGCCCUUGGGUCAACAUAUGACCUUCCUCCAUCUGUAAUACUGUGGGCAGCUAAGCUCUCUUGCACUUUGGGCAUAUCGUAUAUCCCUGCAGCCUCACCACAAGAAAGGCCCCAAAGGAAGUGAUCUCAUCUCUCUUUUAAAAUAUUGGAAGGGGGAGGGGAAUAAAGUAUUUCUUUUUGAUAUUCAAGGAGACAGUGUAACUCUGAAGAUGUGUCAUGCUAAUUUUGACUCUUCCUCACUGAAAGUUGUAUGCGCUUAAAUUUAUUUUGCCCCUUCUUUAAAAUGCAUUUUUAAUGCUGUGGUUGGAGGCAUCCCAAAAACACAUACAAAAAAAGGCUCAUUUAAUCAUACAUGGAAAUAAAAUUGACUGUGUUUAAAGACUGA